AUGGUGUACUACUUCACAUCGACGGUCGUGGACCCGCCGGCGUACAUCUACGUGGGCAAGGACAAAUUUGAAAAUGAGGACUUGAUCAAGUUUGGCUGGGAGGAGGACUUCCACGUCGACAAGCUGUCUAGCGCACAUAUUUAUCUGAGACUGCCCGAAGGCGACUCGUGGGAGAACAUUCCCGAGGAUCUGGUCAAGGAUCUGGCACAGCUGACGAAGGCCAACUCGAUCGAGGGCAACAAGAAGGACAAUAUUACUAUCAUCUAUACACCAUGGUCCAACCUGAAAAAGGACGGCAGCAUGGCCGUGGGCCAGGUCAGCUUUAAAGACCAGAAGAAGGUCAAACGCGUACUUGUCCCGAUACGGGAAAACGUCAUCGUCAAUCGGCUCAACAAGACCAAGGUCGAGAAACACCCGGACCUGCAGCAGGAGAAGGAAGACCGGCAGCGGGAACUGCGAAAGCGGGUGCAGGCCAGCCAGCAGGCGCGGAAAAGGGAGGAGGCUCGCAUCGCCAAGGAGCGGCAGGAGAUCAAGUACCGCAAGGACCACGCGUACGACGAAGUGUUCACGGAGGAGAACAUGGAGGAGUCCAGCAACCAGAACCGGGCCGAGGACUGGGAGGACGACUUUAUGUAG